CUACAUUUGUGUCCAUAUUUACUACUUCUAUGGUUUCCUGGAGCUCAGUGGGCCUUUCUAGGGUUACCUUGCUUUUUGGCUUUGUUUCUUGGGUAACUUUCGGCUCUUUCUGCUGUUAGAUUUAUAUUUCUCAUCUUCGCUUUACGUAAUCGCUUCCAUAUUAACGUUCAGCACUUUUAUCGUGGCCGAUUCAGACCCAUUAAACUUGUAUAUGCUAUUAAGAUUAAGAUUUGAUGAAUAAAUUUUAUAAAAUCUACAACUUCCCUCCUUAAACACUAUGUUUAUGUGCGACGUACAUGGUUAAACAGUGUGAAGUAGUCUAUCUUGGAUUAUAUGAUAUCUAUGGUUUAAAACCUCACUUUAAAAUGUAAUCGAAUCUGUCAGCAUUUUUUUAGUGUCAGAUCCAUCAAAGACAUGGAAAUGGUAAUUACCUCCCCCAAAAAUGAAACCAGUAACCAGCAACGUAGUCCAAGCUUCCGGGAAGACUCCGUCGGCCCUUCAAAUACUGAUAAUCCUCCGGGCUAUGGAGAUAUAAAUACUUUUCUUAGGAUAGCUUUUGUUUUAUUAUCCAGAAUGGGAUUCCUUCUUAUACAAAUAGGGAGUAUACCAGUGGAAAACGUUUACAGAAUCAUAUUUUUCAAUAUUUUUGAAGUGGCUAUUGCGAUUAUAUCCUACAUAGGUAUUGGGUACAUGCUUACUUUUGGUGAUUCGACAGUGAAAGGCUUUUUGGGGUACUCCCAAACGUUUAAUUUUACAAAAAUGGAUGAUGGCAUUAUGGGAAUGUCUGCUGUUCUUUUGGGUUCUGGUCAGAUUUCUUGCUUUCUUGUAGGCAGAUGUCACCUGGUCACUUCGUUGUUUACUAGUCUGCUGUAUUGCGGGUUUUAUCAACCCGUACUAGCGCACUGGAUAUGGAACGAGGAGGGAUGGAUGAAAAACUUCGACUUUAUGGCCACCAAGGUGUCUGUUAAGGAUUACGCCGGUGAUUUGGUUAUACAUUUGUCUAGCAGUUUGACUGGAGCUAUAGGCGCAUCGUUUUUGGGUAGACGGCUUUUGAGGAUAAAGGAUUUGGACGAACGUUCUGUAGCACGUGAAUACGCUGGACUUACGCAAGUUGGCUAUGUACUAAUAAUUUUAGGUUAUGCCGCCUACAACUUACCGUCACAAGGAUACGAGGCUACUAAGAUGCCAGACAACUACAUAGCUCUUAUUAUCUUAAACAUGGUUGCCGCUUUUAGUACAGGUGUAUUCAUCACCAGUUUGUUAAACAUGUGCAUCUGCAGACGAAUAUACAACUACUGGUCGGUCAUACGUUGUCUCCAAGGUGGUAUAGCUGGACUUAUAUCUAUAGCGGCUGGAGUAGAUAUAUACGAUUUCGUAGAAUGUAGUGCCAUAGCCGCGAUUUGUUCAAUCUUCUUCUUUUUCUUCUCGAUACUGAUUCACAACACAUCUUUAGAAGACAACUGCAACUUUAUAGCAUCGCAUUUCGUUAGUUCGAUCUUUGGAACAGUAGCAUGUCCUAUAAUAGCGAAAAAGGAGAAUUUUGAAAGUAAUAAGAAGACCGUACAUAUUCUGUGGCAAUUUAUAUGUUUGCUGAUCGUUAUGAUUGUCACAAUUGCGUUUUCAUGGUUUGUAUUCUUAAUGUUUGCUUGUUGUAAGUUAUUAAGGAACAAAGAAGAGGUUAUGAACCACAGAAGAGCACUUAUUGUGGCUAAAAAUUUGCCCAGGAAAGGAUGUUUGCAAAGAUUAUUUAUGAUUGAUAGUAAAACUGAUCAUAUAACGCCUGGGGAUAAUGACAGGAGGAAGUAUUUACAAGAGGAAAAUAAUAAGUGAUGGAUGGAUCUGACGUACUAUGUAACUAUUUAUUUUUUAUGAAAUUUUAAUCCUUAUAAGUCUAAUUUUUGUAUGUAAUAAAUUUUUAUUUUUU